AUGGAUCAUCAAAAGUUCGAAUUGUUGAAUGAUGUAGAUCAAUUAGAAUUCGUAAUUGGAAGAUGCAAUUUUGGUUUGGGAAGUAGAGUUAUUGUGACAUCUAGAGACAGGCAUGUUCUUAUGAAAGGAGUUGAUGAAGUAUAUAAAGUUGAGGGAUUGAAUGAUGAUGAUGCUCUGCAUUUGUUCAGUUUGAAUGCUUUUAAGGAGAAGUAUCCAAGGAAAGAUAGAAUGGAGCUAUCAAAUAAAGCUGUUAAAUACGCUCAUGGCAACCCCUUGGCAAUUAAAGUUAUUGGUUCUUUUCUGUUUGGCAGAACAGAACAAUAUUGGGAAAGUGCACUGGAUAAACUUGGAAAAAUUCCUCAGCCUAGAAUUUUUCAUGUGUUGAGAAUAAGUUUUGAAGUGCUAGAUGAUGAAGAGAAAAGUAUAUUUCUUGAUAUUGCAUGUUUUUUUAGGGGGCAGCAAAUUGACUUCGUAGAGAGAAUACUAGAUGGUUGUGGUUUCUCAGCAGGAAUUGGAAUUACUGUUCUUGUUGAUAAAUGCCUUGUCACUGUCCUACAUAACAAGUUGAAAAUGCAUGACUUGUUGCAGCAAAUGGCUCAUGAAAUUGUUUGCCAAGAAUCUAUUAAUGGGCUGGGAAAACGCAGUAGAUUGUGGAGAUCUUGUGAUGUCUGUCAAGCGUUAACCAAAAAUCUGGGAACUGAAAGGGUUGAAGGGAUAUGGUUAGACACAUCUCAAAUAGGAGAAGCAGAGAACCUUGUUGAACUUAACCUGGCUUACAGCAAUGCUAGACAGUUAUGGACAGGAGUACAGUGUCCAGAGAUUGCAAAGAACAUAGUGUAUUUAAACUUAAAAGGGACUGCAAUAGAAGAACUUCCCAAAUCAACUGGCCAUCUCAGUGAUCUCAUAACAUUGGAUUUGAAGGAUUGCAAAAGAAUCAGCAAUCUUCUAGAAAGCAUUUGUUUAUUGAAAUCCCUUGUGACUAUUAAUCUCUCUGGCUGCUCUGAUAUCACCAGGAUUCCAAAUAUUUCAGGGAAAGUGAGAUUCUUGUACUUGAGUGAAACUACAAUAGAAGAAAUUCCCUCUUCAAUUGGUAGUCUCUCUAGACUCUCUUGCUUGGAUCUUACAAACUGCAAAAGGCUCAAGAAUCUUCCUUGUGAUGUUUCUAAGUUGGCAUCUUUUGAAAAGCUUAUUCUUUCUGGCUGCACAAGAAUCACUAGGUUUCCAGUGGUUUCGAGUAAUAUAAAGAAGUUGCUUUUAGAUGGGACAAAGAUCGAAGAAAUUCCCUCAUCAAUAGAGUAUUGCUUUGAACUUGAGGAACUAGGCCUGCAAAACUGCACAAGAUUUCAUAUUCUUCCGAGUAGUUUUUGUAAGUUGAAAUAUUUGCGAAGGCUUAAUCUCUCAGGCUGCUCCAGAUUUGAGAGUUUCCAGAAAUUUCGUGUGACAGGGAUUCAUUGA